AUGCAGAAAUUGCGGCCAAAUAUAAAUACCACAGAAAUCCCAGAAUUUCUUGUCUGUGUUUCUGUUACAAGUCUCAAACUCAUUCACAAUCACAUCUCCAGUAUGGCCAAGUUAACUGCCCAAGAAAAAGAAGCUCAAAUCAUGAGCGAGAUCAGAGCCUCUGCUGUCAAGUUCGAGCCAAAAUUCGAAACGUCGUUUUUUGGUAACAUCUUUGGUUUUUCCGUCAGAACCAACUAA